AUGUCGGUGUUAUUUCAGAGUAAACUUAUUGAAAAUCUUAGCCUUGGUCAUUUGCUGCAGAUAGGGGGCAAGGCGGAAAAUGAUGAAUCAUGGUUCAGCAUUUCAUUGGCUAUGGGAAAAUCCACAGAAACGGAAGUCGUUGAUGUUCCAUUUCAAAUCCUUGUCGAUGUUGCGAAGAAAACAAUUGAAUUCAAACAACGUUUGGAUGGUCAAUGGUUGGAAGCACACUCCGAGGAGGAAUAUGACACGCAGAUAUUUCGCCAACAUUUUCAUGUGACCAUCGCUGUGGAUGAACGGAAAAUUUAUGCUGGAAUUAAUGGUCAAAAUCUGAACUUUAUUCGUUGUAAGAAAAUGUCAACGAUGAAAUUAAGUCAUCUGACAAUCGAGGGUAAUUUAAUUACAUUAAACCAAGUGGAUCAUCGUAAAUAUUUUACGACGACAUGGCCACCGGCUCAGAUAUGUGAAAAGGAUAAUCUACAAUUCAGUCAUGAUAUACCAUGCCGCCUACAGGCCGGUAAUAUUAUGGUGGUGACCAUGAAAUAUAUGGGUCGUAUGGAUGGUUGGUUUAGAAUGGAUUUUCGGCAUGCGGAAAAUAUUAAACGCAUCGAGGUACACAUAAAUGUAAGAUUUAAUAUGAGGAAAAUUAUACGAAAUUCAAAAUUGCCUGUUAAAAAACAUAACAUAAAUCCCGAUAUGUUGGAAUGGGGUCAUGAAGAGACCAAUGGCCUCUUUCCCUUUGACGAUGUGACAAAACCAUUUCGCUUGGCAUUGACUUUCACCCCGAAAUCUGUAAAAAUGGCCAAAGAUGGUGUGUAUCUUUUUAAGUACCGCUAUCGCACUUCACAUGUUCUGCCCUGGCUAACGGGUUUGAAAAUUAAAGGUCAAUAUGGUAUGAAUGUUCGUGUACUCGGCAUCGAUCAUUUAUUAUCGGAUAAUCCAAAAUGUAAGGGAUUUGAACAAUAUUCAGAUUAUUGA